UUGGGCCACGAAAUGACUCUGACGAGAACGAAAUCCAAAAGGCACUGUCUCAAGACCUUUCGAUCUCCAUCAGUGAAAUCAAGGUGAAUCGUUCCUGUCGUUUCUUGUUGAAUUUUGCCGAAAAACAUGCUGAGUCGUCUGUCGUCCACUUUGAAGCCGGCAUCAUGCCUGCAACGCGGACAAAUUGUGUCGGUACUUCAACAAAAGUUCUAUGCGACCUCAGGAGAAGCCGAUCUUGUGGUUAUCGGCUCGGGACCUGGAGGAUAUGUGGCGGCCAUUAAAGCUGCUCAACUUGGAAUGAAGACAGUCUGUGUGGAGAAAGACGAAACAUGUGGAGGAACCUGUUUGAAUGUUGGAUGCAUUCCUUCAAAGGCUCUUCUCAACAACUCACACUACUACCAUAUGGCCCAUUCGGGAGACCUUACUUCUAGGGGGAUUGUAGUGAAAGACCUUUCACUAGACUUGGAUGCAUUGAUGACCCAGAAGAAGAACGCAGUGAAGGCUCUAACUGGAGGAAUUGUACAUCUGUUCAAAUCGAACAAGGUGGAUCUAGUAAAAGGCCACGGCAAAAUCACAAGUCCCAACGAAGUAACCGCUUUGAAAUCAGACGGCUCAACCGAAGUUAUUAAGACGAAAAACAUCCUUAUCGCCACUGGAUCAGAGGUUACUCCUUUCCCUGGAAUCGAGGUUGAUGAGGAGACGAUAGUAUCUUCAACUGGUGCUCUAUCACUGAGUGCCGUUCCCAAGAAAAUGGUUGUCAUCGGAGGAGGUGUCAUUGGUUUGGAAUUGGGUUCAGUAUGGAGCCGUUUGGGUGCCGAAGUGAAUGUAGUUGAGUUCCUCAACUCAAUUGGAGGAGUUGGUAUUGACCAAGAGGUCGCCAAGACAUUCCAGAAGAUCCUUGCCAAACAAGGCAUGAAAUUCAAGCUGGGAACAAAGGUUAUGUCAGCUGAGAAGUCUGGAGGAAUUAUCAAGGUCAACGUUGAGAAUGUCAAGGAUCCAUCGAAGAAGGAAGUUUUGGAAGCCGACGUACUGUUGGUAUGUAUCGGACGCAGGCCUUACACGAAAAAUCUCGGUCUUGAAGAGAUCGGUAUUGAGAAGGACGAGAAGGGACGUAUCCCUGUCAACUCCAGGUUCCAGACUGUCAUUCCAAACAUCUUCGCGAUCGGCGACUGCAUCCAUGGGCCCAUGUUGGCCCACAAGGCGGAGGACGAAGGCAUCAUCUGUGUGGAGGGCAUUCAGGGUGGGCCAGUGCACAUAGACUACAACUGUGUGCCCUCUGUCAUCUACACCCACCCUGAAGUGGGCUGGGUCGGACGUGCCGAGGAGGAUCUCAAGAAUGAUAACAUAGAAUACAAAGUGGGCAAAUUCCCGUUCGCAGCCAACAGCCGAGCCAAGACCAACAACGAGACUGAUGGAUUCGUCAAGGUGCUGGCUGACAAGCUGACUGACAAGAUUCUCGGCGUGCACAUCAUUGGACCUGGAGCCGGUGAAAUCAUCAACGAAGCCGUGUUAGCAAUGGAAUACGGAGCAGCUGCUGAAGACGUGGCUAGGACGUGUCAUGCUCAUCCAACAUGUUCAGAAGCCCUCAGAGAGGCUCACACCGCGGCAUACAUCGGCAAAGCCAUCAACUUCGGUUAAUCAGCAUUUCGACGACAAUCGUUUAGAAGUCACUAAGAUCUGUCACUAAACACAGCAGCCAAUCACAUUAGCUCAUGCUACGGCUGCUCAUUUAUUCUUGUUCUAGUGCUCUAGAAUGUUCCAAAAUAUUCUAGAAACACCCCGGAAGUUAGCAAUGCUUUUAUUUUCAUUUAUUUCUAUAACUAUCGUGGAGAUUCGUAAAUUAAUUACAAUCGCGAGUUAUCAGUGAAAUUCGUGGAUGUUAUUAAAUUUAUCACUAUAAGAAUCGCGAGUAACUAGUGAAAUGCCUACAAAGUUGGCAAAGAGAAAACGAAAUAUUUAUUGAUUUAACAAUCGUGAAUUACUAGUGAAAAGUCAACAAAACCUGUGAAGAGAACCGACAGUUUGUUGUAACUACGACAUAUUAUGAUUGCGAACUCGAGUUAGUGUUAAACGAGGCUUAAACGAAGUUUUACUGAGGUUAAACGUGGUUUUACUGAAGUUAAACGAGGUUUUAGUAAAGUUAAACGAGUUUCGAACGAGAUUGAAUGAGGUUUGGUUACUGCAAUGAAAUAUUUGAACGUUUAAUGUAAAGUUUGGAGAGGACCGUUAGUUCUAAUUUCGCCUUGAAACGUGAAUCGUGGACUUGAAAGUGAAGUGUGUGAAAAAUGAUAAUUUGUGAGAGAGGAGUGCUACAAGGUAAUAUUAUAUUGUUUGUUCAGUUUUGACAAUAUAUGGGGUUGUAGAAUCUUGUAGCUAAGUUGAUUACAAACUUUAUCUUGAACUCAUUUCAUAAUUCACAAUUUAUGUUUCAAUUGUCUCUGUAGUUGAUUAAGUCUAUUUGACUGGAGGACGACUUAAAAAGAUCUAUAUUUUUAGUCAUCUCAAGUCAAGUAAGGCUUGAGAAGUAUUGAAAUUUAAAAUUUAUGUAACUAUACGCCGGUUGCACAAGAGCUGGUUAAAUUUCAAUUAUGUUUAAUUUGACAAGAACAAAUCAGAGAGAAAACCUUCUAUGAUUGUUUCUCGUCAAAUUAAUCACGAUUAAAAUUUAACCGGCUUUUGUGCAACCGGGUCUGAAUGUUUUGGGAAAGUUGAAGUAGCUUUGAAAAUUAUUUAUUUAAUCAAUGCCUUAAUCUUAAGCUUACUUGGUUUAAGUGGAACUUUAAAAUGAGUGUUAUUUCAAGUCGUAAUUAAAUUAAGUCAAUCCUGAUUACUGGUGUCUCAGUUUGAAACAGUAAUGUAGAUUUGUGAAUUGAAACAUUAUUUUAAUUUGAUUGAAACAUUCAACAUAUUAAAACAUUAUUACAAUGUUUUUUGAAGUGAAUUUGUAAACAUGUUCUAAACAUUUAUAUUAUUACCAUCGAAGCUUUAUUCGAAAUAAAAUGGAAUAAUUGUAUUGCUUUAAUUUAUCGAACAAGAACUUAUUUAUGUAAUUAAUAUUAUUGUAAUAUACUACGAUUAAUUGUAUAAAUUUAUUAGAUCGUUAUUGUUAAUUGAGAAUAAAAUGGUGAAUAAUUGUUGUA